GAUCUACUUACAGCAGCAGGCAGGGAGGCGCCCGCCUAGCCCCGUGGGGCACCAUCUGCCGCACUUGCCGCCAUGAGGAUCCUUAUCAAGGGCGGUGUUUGGAAGAACACCGAAGAUGAGAUCCUCAAGGCCGCGGUGAUGAAGUAUGGCCUCAACCAGUGGGCCCGCAUCAGCUCCCUGCUGGUCCGCAAGUCGGCCAAGCAGUGCAAGGCGCGGUGGUAUGAGUGGCUGGAUCCUGCCAUCAAGAAGACGGAGUGGACGCGGGAGGAGGACGAGAAGCUGCUGCACCUGGCCAAGCUGAUGCCCACCCAGUGGCGCACCAUCGCGCCCAUCGUGGGCCGCACACCCGCGCAGUGCCUGGACCGUUACGAGAAGCUGCUCGACAUGGCUGCGGGCAAGGAGAAGUAUGAAGGGAUGGACGACCCGCGGCGCCUGCGCCCGGGAGAGAUCGACCCCAACCCAGAGUCCAAGCCCGCUCGCCCUGACCCCGUGGACAUGGAUGAGGAUGAGAAGGAGAUGUUGAGCGAGGCGCGGGCGCGCAUGGCCAACACGCGGGGCAAGAAGGCCAAGCGCAAGGCGCGGGAGAAGCAGCUGGAGGAGGCCAGGAGGCUGGCCUCCAUGCAGAAGAAGCGGGAGCUCAAGGCGGCGGGCAUUGAGAUGCGGGAGCGCACGCGCCGCUCCCGCGGCAUCGACUACGGCAAGGAGGUGCCGUUUGAGGUCAAGCCCACCGCCGGCUUCUACGACACCCAGGACGAGGUGCAGGCCACCAAGGAGAUGCGGGAGGAGUUCAGGCCCGUCACCAUCGACGAGCUGGAGGGCAAGAAGCGGCGGGACAUCGAGGCGGCGCUGGUGAAGCAGGACGCGGCGCGCCACAAGAUUGCCGAGCGCCAGAACGCGCCCGGCAUGGUGAAGCGCGCGCUGGAGGCCAACGAGGCGGCGCAGCAGUCGCGGCGCGGCAAGAUGAUGCUGCCUGCCCCCCAGAUCAGCGACGCGGAGCUGGAGCAGCUGGCGCGGGCGGGGGAGCAUGCGGUGGCCAUGGACACAGACCUGGCGGAGGGCGGCAGCGCGGCCACGCGGCAGCUGCUGGGCGACUACGCCACCCCCGCGCGCUUCGCCACGCCCAUGCGCACGCCCGCGCGCACGCCGGCCGCGGGCGGCGGCAACCGCAUCAUGAAUGAGGCCCAGAACCUGCGACUGCUGCAGACGGGGCAGACGCCGCUGCUGGGCGGCGACAACCCAGAGCUGCACCCCUCGGACUUUGCGGGGGUCACGCCGCGGGCCACCCCCGCUGCCACGCCUAACCCGCU